CCAAAAGCCAAUCACCACGACACCGCAAUGACGAUGCAGCUUCACUUUCGCAUCCUCGCCUCAUGGAGCGCUCGGCAGCUCCAAUCAUGACCAGUUUUCAAAGUCGAGACACGUUCUGCUGGCGCGCCCCUCUUUCUCUGGCGGCAUUAGGAAGGCGAAGGUCGAGCUGAACUAUCAGCCUUGCUUUUUGCCAGGGCUGCUGGACUUCAAAAUCGUAUUGAAAUUGCGUGCAUCUGCACUGACUGACGCACAUUCAACCGCCAUGGGUGCUCUACCGGAGCGCAAAGCUCUGAUCCUCUAUGGUUCCGAAACAGGAAAUGCUCAAGAUGUUGCUGAGGAGCUGGGCAGGAUCGCAGAGCGACUGCGGUUUGACACAGAAAUCGCGGAACUGAACGCCAUCACCCUUGGGCGACUGCUGCAAUCCUCUGUGAUUCUUAUUUCCAUCUCUACAACUGGCCAAGGAGAUCUCCCACUAAACUCUCAGAUAUUCUGGAAGGCACUUCGAAGCACCAGGCUUCGGCCUGGAUGUUUACAGCAGGUGAAGUUUGCGUCCUUCGGUCUGGGGGACACCUCGUAUUCAAAAUUUAAUUGGGCACAUCGUAAGCUCUACAACCGCCUUGUCCAGCUCGGCGCCCAACCAGUAUGUGACCGAGGAGAAGCAGAUGAGCAGCAUCCCGAAGGGGUUGACGGAGCAUUUUUACCUUGGUCGACAAAACUUCGUCAACGUCUAAUUGAAAACUAUCCCCUUCCAGAUGGUGUCGAGCCUAUUCCGGACGACGUACUUCUGGACCCAAAGUGGCUACUUGACUUUGACGAUGGGAAUGAUUUCGCAUCACAAACGAAAAAUCCUCCAGUCGCUACCCCCUCCGUACCAAAAGCUCAUAAAGAAGCUAUACCACCAUUGGAUCUUCUCAACAUUCCAGGAGGGUUUUCAGCCAAGGUCGUUUCGAACAAAAGACUCACACCUGUGUCGCAUUGGCAAGAUGUUCGCCACCUCAUCCUCGAUACCCCCGAAUACCGUCCUUACAUUCCGGGCGACACUGUUACCAUAUACCCAAAGAAUUUUCCUGCUGAUGUCGAAGAGUUUCUAAAAACCAUGCAUUGGGAGGCCAUUGCAGAUACCCCUCUCAAAUUUACUCCAUCAUCCCCCAGCACCUCUACUGCUUCGCCAUUACCUAUCCCAAACCUACCCUUGGGUGCCGCCGUCACCCUAAGAACUCUCCUCACAAAUUACCUCGACAUCAUUUCCAUACCCCGUCGUUCCUUCUUCGCCCAACUUUCGCACUUCACGAGUGAUGAAUUCCAUCGUGAGCGGCUGCUCGAAUUCACGAAUCCGGAGUACAUCGAUGAGCUAUACGACUACACUACCCGGCCCCGACGGAGUAUCUUGGAAGUUCUGCAAGAGUUCGAAAGCGUCAAGAUUCCCUGGCAGCGCGUUUGCUCUCUCAUUCCUGUUCUUCGGGGUAGGCAGUUCAGCAUUGCGAGUGCCCAGUCUCCUUUAGCAAAAGAGGAAAAGCAUACUAGGAUCGAGCUCAUUGUUGCUAUAGUGAAGUACCGCACUGUCAUGAAACGUAUACGACAAGGCGUCUGUACGCGGUACGUUGCCUCACUUACGCCUGGCCAAGAAAUUAGUAUCACUUUCCAGCGAGGCGGUUUAGGUGUCACAAAAGCGGAAACUGAGAAACCAGUCGUAAUGGUGGGACCUGGAACUGGAGUAGCGCCGAUGCGGGCGUUAAUCUAUCAAAGAAACUACUGGCGGCAAGAACUCGAAAGAAGUUUUGAUGAUGCACCGAAAGAUAUUCUCUUUUUUGGAUGUCGUAAUGCUCAAGCAGAUUUUUUUUUCAAGGACGAUUGGGAGGCGUUAAAGACGGAAGGGGUUCCACUCGAUGUUCUAUCAGCAUUUUCGAGAGAUCAACGACGGAAAGUCUAUGUCCAAGACCUUGUUCGUCAAAAUAGCGCCGUUGUCUACGAUACCCUCGCGAACAAAGAGGGUGUAGUAUACAUAUGUGGUUCUUCGGGUAAGAUGCCACAGGCCGUCCGGGAAGCUCUGAUAGAGGUUUUCCAAAGUCAUGGAAGUCUGAGUCGGGAGGAGGCGGAAGCAUAUCUAGUUGGAAUGGAAAAGUGUGGAAGAUAUAAGCAGGAGACUUGGUGAGCAGUGGCCUGACCGUUAAGACGUAGACAUUAGGAUCGAAAAUUAG